UUUCUCCUCCUCCUCUAAAACUGCACCGGGGCAUCUCCUCCAGGCUAUCUCGGCAAAGAAAGAGAGUCUCUACCUACCGGGCAUGUCUGCUAGAGUGGCUCAUGCGCAGGACACACACCACCACUCCACAGAGAAGCCCCUGAUUCAGUGCUACAAGUGUAGCGAGCCAUGUAAGGGAGAGGUGCUGCGGGUGCAGAACAAGCACUUCCACCUCAAGUGCUUCACCUGCAAAGUGUGCGGCUGUGACCUCGCCCAGGGGGGCUUCUUCAUGAAGAAUGGAGAGUAUCUGUGCACACUGGACUACCAACGCAUGCACGGCACUCGCUGCAAUGGCUGUGGGGACUUUGUGGAGGGGGAAGUGGUCACCGCACUGGGCAAGACCUAUCACCCUGCCUGCUUCGUCUGCACCAUCUGCAAACGACCGUUCCCCGCCGGGGACAGGGUGACCUUCAACGGGAAGGACUGCCUGUGUCAGUACUGUGUCGAGCCAAUGUCUCCAGGACCAAAGGACAUCCCGGGCUCCAGCAAUUGUGCAGGAUGUGGUCGAGACAUUAAGAACGGACAAGCUCUUCUAGCAUUGGACAAACAGUGGCAUCUGGGAUGCUUUAAGUGUAAGGCCUGCACCAAAGUGCUGACUGGAGAGUACAUCAGCAAGGACGGCGCCCCCUACUGUGAGAAAGACUACCAGAUCCAUUUUGGAGUUCAGUGUGAGGCAUGUCAUCAGUUCAUCACAGGGAAGGUGCUUGAGGCAGGAGACAAGCACUACCACCCAAGCUGUGCGAGAUGCAGCAGGUGCAAUCAGAUGUUCACAGAAGGAGAAGAGAUGUAUCUGCAAGGAUCAACAGUGUGGCAUCCCGGCUGCAAGAACACCACCAGAACAGAGGAGAGACACAGGGAGAGGCCUACAAGGUCGUCGUCCGAGAGUAUUUGUUCCAGACCUGGUUCAAGCAUACCUGGCUCACCGGGUCACACGAUCUAUGCAAAAGUAGACAAUGAGAUCCUUGAUUACCGAGACCUAGCUGCCAUUCCAAAAGUCAAAGCCAUUUAUGACAUUGAGCGUCCUGAUCUUAUUACCUAUGAGCCUUUGUACACCACUUCCCUGGAUGAGAGAGAGGAGAGAGGAGAGAGUGUGGCCGAGCUCCACACUGCCAGGAGGGAGCGUUCUCCCUUGCCUGAUGACAAAUGCUCGAGAAACAUGUCGCCAACCCCAUCUGGUGAGGGCUCUUACGACAGGAGGGAACGCAUCCUCCAAAGGUCCACUAGUCAGGGCUCCUUAGGAUCACCAGUUUAUAAUCGCCAUGGUUACACCCCCACCUUGUCGAGGUCACCACAGCAUUUCCACAGACCAGGCACUGACCCGCUGAGUGGCCGGAGCUCCCCCCUCCCGCUCAGGCCCGACAGCCGGCCGGUCACCCCGCCUCUAUCUCAGACCCCUAAACAUUUCCACCUCCCAGAUCAGGGGAGCAACAUCUACAGAAAACCACCCAUCUACAAACAACACGGUUCAGAGGGGAGGAGAAGAUCCAGAGAAGAGGAGGAAGAAGAGGCCUUGAAAAGAAAGCAGCUCCACGAGGAACAUCUCAGCAAGAUUCAGUCUGGUUUGGGAAAGCUCAUCCUGAAGGAGGAGAUGGAAAAGGAGCAUAUCAGGGAGCGUCACGCACGUAGCCUCUCUGCCCAGCGCUACGACCCCCAGCAGACCAACUGUGACGCAGAUCCGACUUCUCCGACCAAGACUAACUCUCUGCCUGGCUACGGGAGGAAUGGACUGCAUCGGCCCCAGUCAACAGACUUCACUCAGUACAACAGCUAUGGCGACAUGUGUGGAGGAGGCAGAGAGUUUCAGCACAUUAAGGAUGGCCGUGCAGCACUUGCAAGGAUGGACAGGGGAGUAUCUAUGCCUAAUAUGUUGGAACCAAAAGUGUAUCCCUAUGAAAUGCUCAUGAUAACCAGUAGAGGGAGAGCUAAACUGCCCAGGGAUGUGGACAGAACCAGACUGGAGCGCCACUUAGCACCUGAAAUGUUCUUUGACAUCUUUGGAAUGGAGAUCCAGGAGUUUGACAGGCUUCCCCUGUGGAAACGCAACGACAUGAAAAAGAAGGCCAAGCUCUUCUAGCACUCAGAGCAGCAUGCACAUACUGUACAUUCAUUCAGAUAGCACACAACAACUGUAAUCUAGAUGUAGGUUUUUUGCUUUAUUUCUUUUUCUUCUUUUUUUUUGGUGUGGGGGGGGGGUGGUAUCCUGGCAUAAUCAAGGAAGUCAUGAAAUGGACUAUUUUUUUGGGCUCUGAUGCUUCCUGAGACUGUCAGCUGAAUGAUUUGUCCAGAGAGACUUGCACAGAAAACAAGAAAUGGGAAUCCUUUCCAUGUUAAAAAAUGACAAAGAAUGAGAAUGAAUGAUGAAUAGGGUCUUAUUUCUUUUGACGGCGCUUGUUUUACUUCUUGCUUUGCUUUGAGUGGAACUGCUUUCCUUUCUUUCUUGCUUGUUUCUUCUUACUAUUUGUUGCUGUUGAUUCCUGUGGAACUUUGUUAAGUACAGUAGAACCACAUUACGAAAUGUCCAUGCUCGUAGCUUGAACAUGUGUCAGCUUUCCUUCGCUUGGGCUGAAACGGUUUUAGUCCAAAGUUUGCAAGAAUCGGCUCAGUGAGUCUUUCAAUCAUUUCUUUUUUUUUUUUUAAAGCUGCAGCAGACCCACUAACUGUUUAACCGGAUCUACAUGGAAACGAAUCAUCCGAGCACCUACACAUCGCCAGUCUCCUUCCCUUGGCUACUGUACAUGCCAAACAUUCAUCUGACCCUCACAAAAAGAAAAUGUCUCUCUUCUCAGGCUCUCAUAAACAUGGCCAGACACUUUCCCUUUACAUGUAUUGGAAGUGCAAAUAUAUUUUAAUGCCGUAUCCAACAUACAGUAGCCAACAAAUAGAUAAAACACCUAAUGUAAGAAGCAACUGUAUUUGAAAGUACUGUUUUAUAAAUGAAAACCCACACUGCCAUUUGUUGUAUUGAAAUCUAAGCCAAUAAAGCUUUAAAUCACCAUGAACCAUAUGAUCCUCAGCUAUACCAAAGGUACCCACCGCCUCUUUUCUGUCCUCUGUUUUCUUCUCUGGAUUUCACCAAUAAACACACAGCGUCUGUGAUGUUAUACAGGGUGAGAGGUUG